UUACACAACACUGUUGCCGCUCGGUCGCCAGCUUCUUCUUACGUCUUGUUUCGGCAGAAUUGUACACGUUUUUGCUGCAAUUUUGUUGGCAUUUUCUGUUCAGUUUGCGUUUAUAAUAAACAUCAGGAAAUAAGUGGUGAAAACGCAGCAAAAUGGCAUUAACCUCACGCUUCUACAAUGAAAAAUAUCCAGAGAUCGAAGAUGUCGUCAUGGUCAAUGUGCUGUCCAUUGCCGAAAUGGGAGCUUACGUGCAUUUACUGGAGUACAACAACAUCGAGGGCAUGAUCUUGUUGUCGGAGUUGUCACGUCGUCGCAUUCGCUCCAUUAACAAAUUGAUACGCGUGGGCAAAACGGAGCCAGUGGUUGUCAUACGUGUGGACAAGGAGAAGGGCUACAUAGAUCUGUCCAAGCGUCGUGUUUCGCCUGAGGAUGUGGAAAAGUGUACGGAGCGAUUUGCCAAGGCAAAGGCAAUUAACUCAUUGUUGCGGCAUGUUGCCGAUAUUUUGGGCUACGACAGCAGCGAGAAGCUGGAGGAGCUCUACCAAAAGACGGCCUGGUAUUUUGAAAAGAAAUACAACAGCAAAACGGUCGCAUAUGACAUCUUUAAGCAGUCGGUGACCGAUCCAUCUGUAUUCGAUGAGUGCAACCUGGAUGCCGAGACCAAGGAGGUGCUGCUGAGCAACAUCAAACGUAAACUGGUCUCGCCCACUGUCAAAAUACGUGCUGACAUUGAAUGCUCAUGCUACGGCUAUGAGGGCAUCGAUGCAGUCAAGGCAUCGCUCAGCAAGGGCCUCGAGCUGAGCACCGAGGAGCUGCCCAUACGCAUCAAUCUGAUAGCGCCGCCUCUCUAUGUGAUGACCACAUCUACCACAAAGAAAACAGACGGACUCAAGGCUUUGGAGGUGGCCAUUGAGAGCAUACGCGCCAAGAUCAUUGAAUUUGAGGGCGAAUUCAAGGUAAUCAUGGCACCCAAACUUGUCACCGCCAUCGAUGAAGCGGAUCUGGCGCGUCGCUUGGAGCGUGCCGAGGCUGAGAAUGCCCAAGUUGCUGGCGAUGAUGAUGAGGAGGAUGCCGCCGAUCAGGAGGGUAUGCAAUUUGAUCCCGAAAAGGAGUUCAAUCAUAAAAACUCAUCGUCGCGUGCCAAUAAUGAUGAGGACGACGAAGACGAUGAUGAAGAAUAGAACAACACAAAUAAAAACAACAACAACAAAGUACCCAGCAUAACAAACAACAAUUUUAACAACAGCAACAACAGCAACUGCAAUAACAACAAUUGUAUAAUUUAUAUAUGAAAAUGUACAUCAACCAUGUGCACGAGUGUGUCUGUGUGUGUGUGUGAACAUAUACAUCGAUUAAUUACAGCAACAACAACAACAAUAUAAAAAUGAAUUCAUUCAGACAAUGCACUCAUUAUUUGUCCGCCAGUAAAAAUAUUUCUCUUAUUUUAUAAAUUUGCUUGUGGUGGCCAGGACUGUAUCGAGAAUGUCUCCGUAUGUACAUACCUACAUGUUACGGUUUAUACAUUUAUAAAUAAUUCAUAAUAUAAUAAAUAAAAUUAUAAAAACAAAUUGUCAAACAACCAGUAAA